AUGGCUAAUCUAGCCACUGUGGGUAUUGGUGGAUUUCUAAUUUCCUCGUUCAUCAAAACCAUCUAUCGACUAUAUUUCCACCCCCUCAGUAAAAUCCCUGGGCCCAAGCUCGCCGCUGCCUCGAGUGCAUACAUCUUUUAUUUCAACGUCAUCAAGCGAGGUGUAUUUAUUUGGGAGCUUGAACGACUACACGAAGUCUAUGGACCUAUUGUUCGGGUUUCGCCGAGAGAGGUCCACAUAAAAGAUUCGAGCUACUACGAGGAUGUCUAUGCUUCCCGCUUGCGAGUUCGAGAGAAGGACUUCGCCAGUAUCCGCCAAUUUGAUCUUGAGGGAUCCGCAUUCUCUAGUAUCUCCGCCGAGGACCAUCGUGAACGUCGUGCGCCCUUGGAGAAAUUCUUUUCAAAGUCAGCCAUCAUAAAAAUGGAGAAUACAAUCCACAAGACCCUGGAUCAGCUACGUGAGCACCUUACAAGUGCCUGCCGGUCUUACAAAGUUGUCAACUUGGACGCUGGCUUUGCGAGUCUGGCUGCAGACAUCAUUAAUGAAUACAGCCUUGGAUACCACAGCGGCAACCUCGACCAAGAAGAUUUCAAUGAGCAUGUACGGGAUGGAAUCAACGCUCUGUUCCAAUCAGCCCAUAUUAUGUUCUUCUUCCCGAUCCUGAAGACCGUCUUCGACUGUCUUCCGUUAUCAGCUCUCAAAGUGAUAAGCCCCAGCGCCUUCGCUCUGGCGGACCAAAAGAUCGAUAUCCAUAACCGAGUAUCAAAUAUCUUUGCAGGAAAACGUUCGGAACAUGGAUCGAUUAUGCAGUCUCUGGCUGACAGUGGAUUACCUGAGCAUUUACGAGGCUCUCAAAGACUUGCGAAUGACGCCUUCGCUAUUUUAAUCGGAGGCACAGAGACAACUGCCAGAUCUCUUGCACUUGGCUUUUAUCAUAUUCUCAGUGACAACACUGUCAAAGCCAAAAUGCGAGAGGAACUGCGAUCCGUCAUGCCAACACCUCAGACCCGCCCGACGUGGACCCAACUGGAACAACUUCCUUAUCUGUCUGGCAUUGUUUUGGAAACCCUGCGCCUGUCCACUGGGAUUGCCACUCGGUCAUCUCGUGUUGCGCCCACAGAAACAUUGGUCUACAAGGGUCAUACCAUCCCGCCAGGAACUCUCAUUGGCCAAACAAACUACUUUGUCCUUAUGGAUCCAGUAAUUUUCCCUAACCCCCACGCCUUCGAUCCAGAGAGAUGGAUGCGCGCUGCUGCCAAGGGCGAGUCACUACACCGCUAUCUAGUGAACUUUGGGAAAGGAACGCGAAUCUGCCUUGGAAUGAAUCUGGCCUACGCUGAGCUGUAUCUGACCCUUGCCACGCUUAUUCGCCAAUUUGAGUUUGAGUUAUAUGAUACGACUGAGAGGAAUCUUGCUUUUGUUCGUGAUUUUGGAACACCUUAUCCCGAUGAAGGAAACUAUAGUCUCAAAGUUCUGGUGAAAGGGCUGGUUCAGGAAUGA